GAGACGAGGGCCUCCAGGGCCAGAUAACCACGGUGGACCUUCAAGAUGAGAGUUCGGCCCGAGGACGAAUUGACAAUGUUGAUGCUUUCAUGAACAUCCGACUGGCCAAUGUCACCUAUACCGACCGCUGGGGACAUCAAGUUGAGCUGGAUGACCUCUUUGUGACAGGCCGUAAUGUCCGAUAUGUCCAUAUCCCAGAUGACGUGAACAUCACUGCCACCAUCGAGCAGCAGCUGCAGAUCAUCCAUCGUGUGCGCAACUUUGGUGGCAAGGGUCAAGGUCGACGAGAGUUUCCCUCCAAAAAGCUGUGAAGCCGUGUCCUCAUUGAACUUCGAGCGCUACCUCAGGGUCCUCCAGUGUUCUGAGCCAACUCCCUGCUAUCCUUCCCUACCAGUGACCUGGUAUCUAUCUGAGAGACA